AUGGUGCAGCAAAUGCCUCCUCAAGGGGGAUCACGCAAGAUCUCCUUCAAUGUCUCGGAUCAGUAUGAAAUUCAAGAUGUCAUCGGAGAGGGCGCCUAUGGCGUUGUCUGCUCCGCUAUUCACAAGCCUUCCGGCCAGAAGGUCGCUAUCAAGAAGAUUACCCCGUUCGACCAUUCCAUGUUCUGCCUGCGAACACUGCGUGAGAUGAAGCUGUUGCGAUAUUUUAACCAUGAGAACAUUAUUUCCAUCCUCGAUAUUCAACGGCCUCGGAACUAUGAGAGCUUCAACGAGGUGUAUCUGAUCCAGGAAUUGAUGGAAACGGAUAUGCACCGUGUCAUUCGGACCCAGGACCUUUCCGACGAUCACUGUCAAUAUUUCAUCUACCAAACCCUACGCGCGCUCAAAGCUAUGCAUUCCGCGAACGUUCUCCACCGUGAUCUCAAGCCCUCCAACCUUCUUCUGAACGCCAACUGUGACCUGAAAGUCUGUGACUUCGGUUUGGCCCGGUCCGCCGCAUCGACCGACGACAACUCGGGUUUCAUGACGGAAUAUGUCGCGACCCGGUGGUAUCGUGCACCGGAGAUCAUGUUGACAUUUAAGGAAUACACCAAGGCGAUCGACGUGUGGAGUGUGGGCUGUAUUCUGGCCGAAAUGCUGAGCGGAAAGCCCCUGUUCCCCGGAAAGGACUACCACCACCAGUUGACCCUUAUCCUCGACGUCCUCGGAACGCCAACCAUGGAAGACUACUAUGGGAUCAAGUCCCGCCGGGCUCGGGAAUACAUCCGGUCCCUCCCAUUCAAGAAGAGGAUCCCUUUCCGUGCCAUGUUCCCGAAGAGCAAUGACCUGGCUCUGGAUCUGCUGGAGAAACUUCUCGCCUUCAACCCGGCCAAGCGCAUCACAGUGGAGGAAGCGCUGCGUCAUCCGUACUUGGAGCCGUAUCACGACCCCGAGGAUGAGCCGACGGCGCCACCGAUCCCGGAGGGAUUCUUUGAUUUCGACAAGAACAAGGAUGCAUUGAGCAAGGAGCAGUUGAAGCUCUUGAUCUACGAGGAGAUUAUGCGGUAA